AGCACUACAAGUUUGCGUUGACUGAGCUCUUUGACCGGAGGCAGUUUCCACGAGUCAUCAUUCUCGAAGACGACAUGGAGCUCGCUCCAGACUUCUUUGACUACUUCGAGGCCACUUCCAACCUGCUUGACGUGGACGAGUCCAUCCUGGCAGUGUCAUCGUGGAACGACAACGGGCAGAAGCAGUUUGUGCACGACUCGGAGCUGCUGUACCGCUCGGACUUCUUCCCAGGGCUGGGCUGGAUGCUCAAGCGCGAGCUGUGGGCAGAGCUGAAGCCCAAGUGGGCGCGUGCCUACUGGGACGACUGGCUGCGCCUGCCCGAGCAGCGCAAGGGGAGGCAGACCAUCCGGCCGGAGGUCUGCCGCACCUACAACUUUGGCGAGCAUGGUUCGAGCAUGGGGCAGUACUUCAGCCAGUACCUGGCACCCAUCCGGCUCAACGCCCUGCCAGUCAACUGGGCUCAAAAAGACCUCAGCUACCUCCUCGACGUCAGCUACCCUGCCCUACAUGGUCUCCCAGCUGCGCACCGCGCGCCCUCAUCCCCCUCGCAGCCGUGAACACAGAGGUGGUAACCCCAUCGGAGCUAGGGUACGACGUGAUGGUGGGAGUAUGGCAACGAGAGCAGCUUUGCGCAGCUGGCGGGGGAGUUUGGCGUGUUCCAGGAGUGGAAGGCGGGCGUGCCGCGCACGGCGUACAGCCGGCGUUGUGGUGUUCCGGUACCACGGGCCGCACCGGGUGUUCUUUGUGGAAAGGAGAAGGGCUCGCCAGGCUGGGGUUCAAGCUGCCUUCUGGCACUUAGGCCAUGGCGUACCGUUGGAUUUGGGAGGGUUGCUAUGAAGGACACAAGUAGUGGAGCUCUACAAUGGGAAAUGGGAGCUUAUAAGAAUUCCACUACGCUAACGCAUAGGGGGGAAAUGUCGGAGAAGUGAGAUAGGAAGUUUGGCCUUAUCGAAUACAGAAUCUUACUUGUAUGCUAGCCUUUUUACGGAAUACUUUCCACACUUUUUACUUGUAU